AUGGCCUCGGCACUCACAGUCGUCCUGCCCGGCGAUGUCGUAGCACAAGACGCGCUGCCGACAGGCACCGGCAAGAAGAAAACGCUCACCCUGGGCCCUGGCCUCCGACACAUCCCACCAAACACCGUCACCACCACCGUCGCCGGCACGCUCGUGACCGACAACAGGAAGAAUGCCGCGCUGGUCGAGUACAACAGCGGCCGGUACACGCCCUUCGCCGGCGACCUCGUCAUAGCCACGGUCAACGGCUCAGCAGCUGAGAACUUCAACUGCCUGCUCACCCCCGAAACGCCGCCCGCCGCCCUCCCGCACCUAGCCUUCGAAGGCGCCACCAAGAAAACCCGCCCCCAGCUCCCUCCCAACUCGCUCGUCUACUGCCGCGUCGCCAGCGCCGGCAAAGACCAGCCGCCAGAGCUGACCUGCGUCGACCCAUCGACCGGGAAAGGCGAGGGACUCGGUCCGCUCAAGGGCGGCAUGUUGUUCAAGAUCAGUCUGGGCAUGGCGAGGAGGUUGCUUGCGCCGAAGAGCGAGCUGGCGCUGCUCGAUGUAGUGGGUGCAAAGGUUGGGUUCGAGAUCACGGUGGGCAGGAACGGGCUUGUGCAUGUGGAUGGCGGGAACGUGAGGACGACGUUGGCGGUAGGCAGGGGGAUUCAGGAGGUCGAUCAGAAGGCGCUUGGGGAGAGUGGGCAGCGGAAGCUGGCUGCUGAUGUUUUGAAGAGCCUCUGA